UCUCAUACCGUCCUCUAAAACCCUGCUGCAUCCUCUCUCUCUUACCCUUGCCGCGUUCAUCUUCUAAAACACACUUUCGUCAUAUUCUUCUGAAUUCCUUCAUACAGGCAUUGAACACCGAAGAUGAAGAAGGAAGGGAGGAAGAAGCUGAAGGAUGAGGAUUUGAAGCCAGUAGAGAAAGAAGAUGUUGUGAAUGGAAAAGAAGUUCUUAGUGAUUCUGAGGACGACGGUGUAGAAAGUCCUGUCGUUUCGGAUGAUGAUUAUGGGAGCUUCUCUGAGGGUGACGACUCUUUAAGGAACUCAGAUUCAGAAUCAGAAUCAGGAUCUGAACAGAGUGAAUUCUCGGAAGAUGAGAUUUUUGUGAUGAUUAGGAAAUUUGUGAGGUAGUGCUGGUUGUGAUCGUGGCAAAAAGAGCAAUACGGUGGUGGUGUAUGGCUACAUGAUGGGGAUUUGGAGACCCUAAAAGCGUUUCAGGUAGCUUCUAUUUAAAUAAUCAAUGAACAGAUAACUGUCUUAUUUGAAAUAAUAUUAUUUUAUGUUCAAAUCAUGGUUUCUACAUGUCUCCUACUCAACUAUAAAUAGAACCUUAUACUUUGGAAUUUUCAAGUACUCUUUUUUUAGAUACUAGAUCCAAAAAUUGAUCCUCUCUCGCCUCUCUCCUAAUCUUUCUAUGGUUCUUGUGUUGUGGGUGUGAACCAUUAGAGGCUCGCACACAAAUAGAGCUUGUUUUCAAAGAUAAUUCUAGAUUGCUUUGUUGGAAUCAAAGAUUUGUUUACAAUAACAAAUAAAAGGUAUGCAAUUUUGUGAAUUUUGCUUUCCAUUAGGGUUUAGAAGAUUUGAUGUUCAAUAAUAUGUUGCUUAAAUAGUGUUAUGACAUAGAUCAAAGUAGGUUGCACGUACCCUUAAGAAUAUAAUGAUUUUUCCAUAUUAUUACAUGUAAAACCUUUCAAUAUCUUAUAUAAGUUAACAAUGACAAAAAUAUGAUUAAAGUCACCAGAUACAUUCCUCGUUUGAUAUGGUCCUAAAACAUAAGAUUUCAUGAAUAUAGCAUAUAAUAUCCUAAAAGGAAACCUAUUAUAACUUUUCAGAUGGUAAAAAUAAUAUGAUUAUUUGUUACAUGUUUUUUAUUCAUUUGGUGAUGAUAUUACUAGCUUAUAAAAAAAUCUAUUAUCACAAUGUUUUUUCAAUCUUAUUCAUACAACAAGGAACAAUGCCCAAAUUAUUCAUAAAUAAAUUUCAUUAAAGUAUAUUUCUGGUAUACCCGAAAAUACCCAACCCGAAUCAUCAACCCGGAUACCCGAACUAUAAGACCCGAAUUGUAAAUAGUUCAGGUUUCGGUUCAUAUUAUUUUAUGAAAAAACUCGAAUUACCCGAAGCUCGGAAAUUACCCAAUGAACAAACCUAAUUAGCAGUAGUGAUUAGUAGUAGAUAAUAAGCAAUAAAGAAAAGAUAAAACAAGGCAAAAUUAGUCCUAUGCUAAAAGCAUAACAUCUAAACGGUUAGAUUUUACAAUGCAGGGACCACAAGUGGUAACAAAACCCUCCAUAGGGAUCACCCAUGACAAAAAGCGAAUAGUAGGACCAAAAGCGCUAUUUUGGCAAAACCAUAGGGACCAAAAAAGUGUUUUACUCUAAAAUGAAUUAAAUAUAUAUUAAAUAACGGAAAUAUGACCAGAUCUCGUAUCAGAUGAAAACGAGUAAGUUCGAGUAAAGCGAAAGACGGAAGAAGGAGAAUUCAUGAAGUAAAUCAGUGAAUUGAAAAUCAUAGUACAGUCGUUUUAAGCAUAUGGCUUGUAAUAUUGAGGAGAAAUCAUUCUGGGUUGAACUGGGUGCCGAUUUAGUCGAGGUAUGUUGAUUACAUUUGUAAAGUUUGCUUAGUGUUAAAUUAAUGGUUGUAAGAUGUUUAGUUGUUGGGAUGUAAGCUAAAUCAAGACAUAGAACUAACUUAGAAGAAAGUUAAGUCGAGAUUGUGUUUCCUGACCUAAUUUUGUCAUUUUCUCGAUUAAAAUGGGUAAUGGUGAUUUGAGUGAAUUAGGCAAUGUUAAGUAAUGAAAUUGAGAAUAUUAUAUAUUAUGCUAAAACUAUGGGAUGAUGUCAACUUAAGUAAAAAAGAAUCAACUAAAUGAUGAGGUCACGUAUUGUGUUGCAGGUUUUCCGUAUCUCAGUUACUUGCUACAAUAUAAUUUCUUCCUUUAGGCUAUCAGGAGUGGCACUCGGAAGACGCAUGGGAGCUGACGUGUCAGCUCCCUUCACGCGUGAACACCGCCCCACCUUCUGGUGGGGGUCAUGUUCCGUGGACGCGAAGACGGGUUGAGACGCUUGAUUUGAUUGGUGGCUCAUUUUCGACCGUUUCUUUCUUACCGUUUGGACCAAAAAAAAAAAUUAAUUAAUUAAUUAAUUAAUUCUUUAAUUUACUUUCUCUAUCUAUAUAUACAUCCACAUACACAAUUUUUUUUAAAACAUUCAUACAAAUUCUCUCAAAACAAACAUACAAACUCAACCAAAAAAUGGAUAGCGAUUCUGAUGACAAUUUGGUUUUGCACACACUAUUGUCUGCGGCACAAGACGCGAUUAGUCAGAGAGGCGAAACUUCACAUCGUGAGAAGAAACAUAGAAAAUAUAUCAAUCGGGAUCGAGAGGCGGCACAUGAACUUUUGGUACGUGAUUAUUUUGCCCCUGAUAGUCUUUAUGACCUUUCGAAAUUCGAAGACCGUUUUCGUAUUAGUAGAAACUUAUUUUUACGUAUAGCUUCAGAUUUGGAACGUAAUUAUGAGUUUUUCCAAUUACGUUGGGAUGCUAGAGGUAAACGUGGUUUUACCACAAUAAAAAAAUGUACGGCCGCUCUUAGACAAUUGGGAUAUGGUAUAACCGCAGACGCAUCAGAUGAGUAUCUGAAAAUGUCGGAGAGGACGGGUCGAGAUUGUACAUACCUUUUCUGUGAGUAUGUUAUAGAGCUUUACCGUGACAUAUACCUGCGACAUCCGACUAAAAGUGAUGUCGAACAGUUGUAUGCCGCGCAUGAAGCUAAACAUGGUUUUCCAGGGAUGCUUGGUAGUAUUGAUUGUACACAUUGGGAGUGGGCAAAUUGUCCCAAUGCGUGGCGUGGUCAGUUCACACGAGGAGAUCAUGGGGUCCCGACUGUUAUACUGGAGGCGGUUGUUUCAAACGACCUAUGGUUUUGGCAUGCAUUCUUUGGCAUGGCGGGGUCAAACAAUGACCUGAAUGUGCUCCAUGCGUCUCCGAUAUUUAACGAUAUUUUGCAGGGUAAAGCACCAGAUAUGUCAUACGUUGUGAAUGGAAAUGAAUACAAGUAUGGAUAUUACCUAGGUGAUGGGAUAUACCCAGAGUAUGCUACAUUUGUUAAGUCUUUUUCGUUUCCAGCAGAUGAGAAACGAAAAUUGUUCAAGUUAGCACAGGAAUCUGCACGGAAGGACGUUGAAAGAGCAUUUGGAGUCCUAAAACAAAGAUGGCACAUAAUCAAGCAUCCAGCAAGAACAUGGGAUAGGGCAAAACUAACGACAGUGUUGACUGCCUGUGUGAUUUUACAUAACAUGAUAAUAGAAGAAGAGGGCAGAGCUAUUUGUUCAUAUACCGACAACGAUGCACUUAACCCACCUGCAGUAAUACAAGUUGGCAGCCCGGCAUACUUCUCCAGGGUUUUGGAAAUACAAAAUCGUGAAACACAUCACAAUCUACGACACGAUUUGACCGAGUACAUAUGGGAGAGACAACACCAAGGGGGAAAUGACGAUGAAGACGAAGAGGACGAGGGCGAUGAUUACGACGAGAAUGCAGACGGUGACGACGAGGCGGAUGAGGAUGAAGAUGAUGAUGAUGAUGACAACGAGUAGUACUAUUCUACGGUUUUUGUGUUUUACUUUUUUUUUUUUUACUUUUUUUUUUAAGUUAAGUAGUGUAGUAGUUGAUUUGUUAGGUUUUAUGUGUGUUUUAGU